AGUAUAGUUUAUGACUGAUAAUGUCGUAAUUCGUCGUCUGUAAUCACAUAAUAUCUUCUUUGUAAUUUGACAGAUAUGAUAUUUGCGUAGCGUCUUGUUGUGUUAUGCUGGUUACAGUAUAUUUUUCUGCUAAUGUCGAAAUCCGGUGAAUAAAGCCACCCGGGUCGCAGAAUUAAAAAAAAAUGUUUUUUUGUUCCUGACACGCUGGACGUGCUUUCAGUUUUUGAAAACCGGCAUGGCAGUCUGGUGUAGUAGUGCAUUCAAAAAUGUUUGGUUUAGGGCUAUCAUAACUUAAUGGUGAUGUAGUAUUAAAAUUUAAAAAAUAGUGCCUACUGUUUGAGGUUUUCGUAUUUUGGUAAAAGCGUGAUAAACGAAACAUGGCAUCUGCUGCAGAACAACCACAACAGACCACCCUGAAUUUUUAUCAGGCGAUGGCAGACUUUAAAAUAAUGUUCCCGGAGAUGGAUGACGAUGUUAUCGAGGCCGUGCUGCGAUCGAACCAAGGAGCAGUAGAUACGACGAUCGACCAGCUAUUAUCAAUGAGUACAGAUAACGAGAACGAAAAGAUUCGUAGCGAGUUGGAAGAAAACGAAGACAUGCCUGCUGUAAAGGCCGUGAAAGCUACUAAGUCCGAUGCAUCUAGUAAAUCUAAAAGCAUUCAAAAAUGGAAGCCUCCUUUGCUAGGACCACUGCCAGAAACUUUUCUUAGAAUCCCUCAACAAUUAGCAGAGGCAUCUGAAGAAUCCAUAUUUGAUAAUUCACUUCUAGAAGAUGAAAGAAUUGCCAUGUUUCUACAAAACGAGGAAUUCAUGGCGGAACUGCGUUGGAACGAAGACUUUUUAUCUACCCUAGAAAAUGAUACAAAAUUGCAAGAUACUGCUGCUAGUCACGAAGAUGAGGAUUUGUUUAAGGAAAGAUUAAGAAACAUGGGCAAAGUAUCUCGUCGGAAGUUUGCACAACUUACAAAGGUUUUUACACGAAGCAAGAAACGUCGACAAUUGUUGCCGCCAACAGCUUCAUGUGAUGAUCUUCUGGAUCCUGAGGAGUCUUCUAGACCACGGACUUGAGAUUAAAAAACAGCUCCAAGAGAUCUGAGACCAAUUUUUAAAAGAUACUUUUCAGGGUCUUAACUUGGUGUUUUUUCUUUAAAGCUUUAAAUGCGUAAAUUAAUGAAAUCAAUUAAUUGAAGAGCUAGGUAUAUAUUGAACAAUUUGUCCGUUUUACGUUUAUGAUCAUUUAUAUAGUUUUUUUUUUCUCAAAAUUUUAUACAUUUAAAAACAUAUAUUUUAGCAUAUUACAAUAUAAUUUUUCUAGUGUUGUUGAAUCUCGUCAUUAUAAGAGUAGGUAUGCAAAUUAUACAAUAUUUUUAACAUUGGCCAUGUUAAAAAAAAAUAGAUUUAUAGUCAUAAACACGUGAGGAGAAAAUAGAAAGAUGCAAUUCAAUUCGUGAUUAUUAAAUUAUUAAGAAAUUUGGAAAGAAUGAAUUAUUAGAUUUCGAGAAACGAAACACCCUAGUCAGCGUAUCUAGCCAGUAAAUGUAUGUUCGUUAUUACGCAGAUUUUAGACUGCAACGCCAAUUAGUUUUACCUGGUGCUUUUUUAUUUAAAAGUAGUUUACGGACAGAGUUUGAGGCGUUGCAAACAGUCUCUUAUUGACAUAUUACCGUUAAUAUAGAAAUACUAACAUGAAUCAUAUUAGUAUAGACCUGUACAACAUAUAUUUAAAUUGAUAUAUUCUAUAUAUCAUUCAAACCACUCAUUGUUUGUGACUGUUGUAGAUAUUAUUAGGCUUUUAAUGAAAGAACCUUCCAUUCCAAAGGAAAAACUUUCCUACUUUUAUAAAAAUUUUAAAAUUAUUUACGAAAUAAUUUUAUUCUAAAAGUACUUUUCUUGACAAAUUCAAAUUUCAACUCAUUUGAUAAAAAUGGCUAAGUUUGAUGAUUUGUGGACUGUUGUAAAUGCAAAAACGAGUAACUGUGCUGUAUUAACGAUUUAUUUCGUGACCGUCGUUUUAUAUGUCCUGCUGUGAACGAAUGGUCGCAAAAAAUAAUAGAAUGAGAUAGUAUUUAAGUAAUUGUGAUUUAUAAAAUAUACUCAGGCCCUGUUUACACAUUGUUAUCGUACAUAGCUGUAUAUCCUCUUUCUCUAAAAAUUAUAACACAUCAAGCUUAUUAAAUAAAUGAACCUUAUACAGUCAAA